CAACCCCCUCGGGGAACCCCUGACCCGGAGAUAACCCCCAAAUCAGCAAGAAAAAGCCCGCUCCGAGCCCUGGUCAAGGAUUCAUCCUGCAACGGCUUCCCUAUCACUCAGAUCGGCCCCGCUACAAGCGGCGGAUCGAAAUGAUCUGCAUGCUUACCAUCUGCUCCGUCCGGACGAGUCGAUAUCUGUCCGGUCGGAUCCGAGUACUGGUCCGGACAGAGCCUCGUGGCUGGCAGGGUAUAUAGGGCCUCUGACGCCAGCAGUAAUGCAUUUCUCUCCAUCAGCUACAACUGCAAUCAUUUACACUACAUAAGACGAAACGAGAAUACACCAGACAUAUUCCUCUUGAUCCUGUCACCUCCAUACUACUCAAAGCAACCCUUCAAUAACCACAACAUAACAUCAUGCGCGUUCUUGUGAUUGGUGGAAGUGGACGGUGUGGAAAGCUCGUCAUCGAUGACCUGCUGAGUCGCGGCCACCAGGUUACCACGUUGGCCCGCAAGCCCGAAUCACUGGGUGGAGCUCGUGCCGGGCUAAAAGUCGUCCAAGGAACCCCCACCGAACUGGAAGAUGUCCGUGCCGCGUUCCAAGCCGACAUACCAGAUGUGGUAAUUGUGACACUCAACGCCCCACGGGCCAGCGACAGCCCCUUUGCGGCGCCAAUCUCACCUCCUCGACUGAUGACGGACUGCAACAACAACGUGCUGGCGGCGAUGAAGGAGUUUGGAGUACGCAAAACGGUCAUCCUGCAGGCAUUUGGAGUUGGAGAAUCGUGGGACAACAUGCACUGCGUGCUGCGGCUGCUGAUGAAGAAGUCCAACAUGUCGUAUCAGUAUGACGAUCACAACGCGACAGCCAAGGCAGUGCAGGCCAGUGGACUGGACUAUGUGAUGGUGCGACCGUCGCGGCUGGUGGAGACGCCCGAUGCCAACCAGCCGGUCAAAGUGUGGCCGGAUCAUGGCAAGGGAGUGCCCAUGAUGGCCAGCACCAGUCGGAUCACGGUGGCCCGCUGGUUGGUGGAUGCUGCUGAAACCAACAAAUGGGAUAACACGGCACCAGUGAUCACCAACUAGAAUAUUUCUCGAUCUGUUCUAGAUAUUGACAUGGCAAUCUCCCACCAUCUCACGAGGGCCGAUCCGGGGCGGAGCGGGUGGGAGCGGAGAAUUUGGAGACGAACCAGGGUUAGAUCGACAGGGCAAUGAUUGUUUCUUAUUCUAUUUCUUUUUUUUUUAUCCCCUCAUGGUUUGUGUUUCAUCAUCUCUGGGCAUUUACACCUGGCAUGGCGUGAAAUUUUAUGUAUGUUAUCAGAUCUCUUGGCUUCGUAUUAAUUGUGGCUUUUCUCUAUUUAUUCAGCAGAAAUGCGAUAAACUU